AUGAGGCACUGGUGGCAGAUUUCUGUUCUAUGGGUCUUCUGGGUGCUCAUGUUAUGGCUGGUGGCCCCCUGCCUGGAUCUGACACCUGAACCAGCACUCCAGGAAGAACUGACGUACCUGAUACCAUGGCAUUGCAAUUGCCCUUGGUUCAAAUUCAGUAAAUAUGGCUGCUCUUCUGGGACCCUCAACUGUUCCCUUUCCCACCACACAGCUAGAGAAUCAAACUGGUUUGAUGCACGCUAUGAGAGGACCCUGGAGCUCCUGAGGGGAGCAAAACCGUCCGUGACCCCUGAUGCAGUGCUCUGGUGGUUGGGCCUGAACUCAGAAAGCAAGCUUAGAAAAGCAUGGAAGAAGUUGCUUAUGGUGAUUCCCAGACCCUCGGGCAGCCACUUUGAUCUCUACUGUAGGACUUGUGUGGUGGUGGGGAGCUCACAGAUCCUGUGGGGCUCUGGCUACAGCAUGGACCAACAUGCCAGGUGGGUGCUAAGGGGAGGGCAGGGAGCAGGAAGGCUAGGCACACCCCUACCCCCAGUUCUGUCAGCUUCUUCUCUCCUUCCCAGGAUGAACCAGGCUCCUGUCCAGGGCUUUGGGAGGGAUGUGGGGAACCGGACCACAGAGCACAUCAACUAUCCCAGGAAUGCUGGCGGUCAGGGUUACCGGAGUCAGGUGGUGCUGCUGCUGCUGAAGCUGUCCGAUCUGGCAUGGACUUCAGACAUCCUGAGUGAGGAAGUGGUGGUCUGGGAACACAGAGCUUCAUGGUAUGGGGAUUUCAGACGGUUCCAGUUCCCUACUGGAGUCGAAGACCACACAGACAAGGGACUUCAGGGUAAGUCAGAGAUGGAGUUUAAGAAUAGGAAGCAGUGGCAGCAGCAGACCAAAGUGUCUCGUUGCCAGACUUGUGCCGUGGUGGGGAAUUCAUGGUUCCUACGGGGCUCUGGCUAUGGCAUCAGGAUUAACCAACAUGACAUGGUCCUCAGGAUGAGCCAGGGCCCUGUCCAGGGUUUUGAGAUGGAUGUGGGGAACAAAACCACCAUGCGCAUUUUGUACCCUGAGACUGCCAACAUUCAAGAUCCUGACACCCAACUUCUGGUCUCCUUGUUCGGUUUUGGGACAGACAAUCUCAAAAGACGGUCUCAUUACUGGAACGAUAAAUAUCAAUCCAUGAACAUCAUGCACAGUGCGCAAGCAGAGUACAAAGUUAUCCUUCGGCUGCAGUGUGAAGGAAAGGUGGUCAUCUACAACUGA